AAGCAUUUUGAAAAAUCGCUUUCCGAGCACCGAACUGCUGAUAUUCUUGAAAAACUGCGCGAUGCUGAAAAGACUCUCAAAAAGAUUGAAGAAGAAAACUACAAGAAUCCCGAGUUGUCUGAUGCUGCUCGUGAAAAGGGCAACGAGUUGUUCAAGGCUCACGACUAUGUCAAUGCUGUUAAACAAUACUCUGAUGCCAUCAAGCGUAACCCUGAAGAUCCCCGAAACUUUUCAAAUCGUGCUGCCUGCUAUACCAAGUUGAUGGCUUUGCCUGAAGCUGACAAGGACUGCGAUGCUGCAAUCAAACUUGAUCCCAAUUUUCUCAAGGCAUAUAUCCGUAAAGCUGCAAUUCUAUGUGCCAAGCGUGACUACAUGGGCUGCAUUGAGAUGUGUGAGGAUAUCAUGAGCAAAGACACUGAAAACAAGCAUACUGCCGAAGUUCAGUCGCAGAUGCAAAAAGCAUACUUUACUCUUAGCCAGCUCCAAGCUCCACAUAACCGCGAGGAAACGCUGGAGCGUGCAAAGCAGAAUCCUGAUGUCCAACAAACCAUGAGCGAUCCCAUCAUGCAGACUAUUUUGAAGCAAAUGCAAGAAGAUCCCUCUUCUGUCCGAUCGCAUAUGGCUAAUCCAGCAGUUUCUGGCAAGAUCCGUAUCUUGAUCAACGCAGGUAUUAUUUCUAUGGGACGUUAAGCCACUAUACAAACGCACACCAUACAUGUUGAUGAUGAAAUUGAAAAAUGAGUGCAAGAAUUAAAAACAACAAUGCGAUUAAAAUGACCACUUUUAACAAGUGAUGUAUGCCAAUUGGCUGAUC